AUGGCCGUGUACCGCGAGGCUAUCCCGGGCCCGUCUCUGGAGACGCCGUCGCCCUCUCCGGAAGCACACACGUCAGCUCAGGGUUCGGACAGCGGAGCUGGUCACCUCUCAUUCUAUAGGAAGUUGUGCUAUGGCAUUGGAGGGGUUCCCAACCAGGUGGCCUCCAGCGCCAUAGCCUUUUACCUGCAACUUUUCCUGCUCGAUGUGGCACAGAUCCCUGCUGCCCAGGUGUCACUGGUCCUGUUUGGAGGGAAGGUGUCUGGGGCAGCUGCAGACCCUUUGGCUGGGUUUCUCAUCAACAGAAGCAGGAGGACAGGGUCUGGACGACUCAUGCCCUGGAUGCUGGGCUGCACACCCUUCAUUGCCUUGGCCUACUUCUUCCUGUGGUUCUUGCCCCCCUUCUCCACCUUGCGCGGCCUCUGGUACACGACCCUCUACUGCCUGUUCCAAGCCCUGGCCACGUUCUUCCAGGUGCCCUACACGGCGCUGACCAUGCUGCUGACCCCAAACCCCAAGGAGCGGGACUCGGCCACUGCGUACCGGAUGACCUUGGAGAUGGUGGGGACGCUGAUGGGAGCCACCGUCCACGGACUCAUUGUGUCUGGUGCACACGGGUCCCACAGGUGCAAGGAGGACAUGCUCCCAGGGGAGGUGGCUGUCUCCCCCAACGCGACUCGUCUCUACUUCAUUGCAGCCGCUGUGGUUGCUUUGACUUACCCAGUGUGCAGUACUUUGCUCUACCUGGGGGUGAAGGAGCAAUCAGACCCCUCCACCCCAGCAUCCGGCCAGGGCCUGGGCUUCCUGACUGGGCUGGGUCUCACAGUCCGGCAUCGGCCCUAUCUGAAGUUGGUCAUCUCCUUCCUCUUCAUCUCAGCAGCUGUUCAGGUGGAGCAGAGCUACCUGGUCCUGUUCUGUACACACGCCUCCCAGCUUCAAGACCACGUCCAGGGCAUGGUGCUGACCAUCCUGGUCUCGGCAGUGCUGAGCACCCCGAUGUGGGAGUGGGUUCUGCAGCGAUUUGGGAAGAGGAUGUCAGCCCUCGGGAUCUGUGCGAUGGUGCCCUUUGCAAUCCUGCUGGCUGCUGUGCCCAUGGUGCCCGUGGCAUAUGUCGUGGCCUUUGUGUCUGGCCUGAGCAUUGCUGUGUCCUUGCUGCUACCCUGGUCCAUGCUUCCGGAUGUGGUCGAUGACUUCCAGCUGCAGCACCAGCAUGGCCCAGGCCUGGAGACCAUUUUCUACUCAUCCUAUGUCUUCUUCACCAAGCUUUCGGGAGCAGGCGCCCUGGGCAUCUCCACUCUCAGCCUGGACUUCGCAGGGUACGAGUCAGGAGGCUGCAGGCAGUCGGAGCAGGUGGUGGUGACCCUCAAAGUCCUCAUCGGUGCAGUGCCCACCAGCAUGAUCCUCAUUGGUCUGUGCAUCCUCAUGGUCGGUCCCACUCCCAAGGUGCCAAGUCGGGCCAACUCCCGCUCCCUGGGGAGGCGGACCAGCUACACUCUGGCUUGA